GUAGUACUGUGUGCAUACAGUUAUUAUUAUUAUCGUAGGUCCAAUUGUGGCCGUUGUCGUCGUUGAAGCUCACUCGAACCCCAAUUCUACAAGACUCUUCUCCGCCUUUCGGUUGCACCGAUUUCUGGAGAGACAUCACUACGAUCCUCAGGCCCCUAGAUAUCGACCUCUCCUCCGCACAACACGGUGCAGUGGCACAUCUUUCCUCCAUAUGGGGCUCCCGCACUGGGGUCAGCACCAUAUCAAACCGAUCAAGCCCCACGCACUCCCAAGCAGUCACAAGUCCAUUCUCCCAAUCCAAAGCAGUCGAAUUACCCAAGCGUCCAGUGGGAUCAUGGCGAACCUCGAGUCGAUGCAAAUGCCGAGUUGUGCCUAAUAGUAUACCAUACCUGCUGGGUGGCAUGGCAAAGUAUUUCUGGAUGAUAAACCUCGUACAUACCUAGGUAGUCCCGAGAUUAUCUUAAUAAAACUGUGCUCUGCUUUUCCGGUUCUAAAUUAUUUGCGGUGGUCUGAGUUGUUCUUUGGCUUACAUUUCCGUAGCUGUGAGGUUAACACCACUGGUACAAUCAUGGGUGUGAUGCUGCAUCUUCAACACGCGGCGCCUAGCGCCAGCCAUAUCGCUGCGGGCCUAGUAAUUUUCGGGCUGAUCGCCUUGGUUAUCGAUUAUGCGCGGAUGCUGAUUCUGCGAAGCAAGAUGCCCCCAGGGCCGAUGCCGUGGCCCAUCGUGGGCAACACAUUCCAACUGCCCGACGUCAAACCGUGGUUCUACUUCGAAGACCUGGCCAAGCGGUACAAGACGCCCAUGAUCACCUACUGGAUCGGACGGAAUCCGACCAUAUGGAUUUGCGAUGCGUGGGCGGCGUCCGAAUUGCUGGAUAAGCGGGCCGCCAUCUAUUCAUCCAGACCCCGGAUGGUCGUGUUUGGCGAGCUGGGGACCGGACAAUCCAACCUGGUGACGAUGUACUAUGGCGACCGCUGGCGAGUACAUCGAAAACUGACGCAUAUGGGAGUCGGCCUCCAGCAUGUGCGCAGUUACAGUGGUUUCCAAAACAACGAGAGCAAGGUGGUGGCUCUGGAACUGCUGAAAGAUCCGGAAGAUUAUGUGACGUCCUUUGAACGAUACGCUGCGUCGGUGGUCAGCAUUAUCGGGUUCAAUCGUCGGAUCCGGAGCAAGGAAGAUCCCAUCAUUACCGAAGUCAUUGCCGUGAUGCAAAGGGCUGCCGAACUGAAUGUGCCGGGAAAGACGUUUCCCAUGUUGAUGGAAACAUUCCCAUUCCUCGCCAAGUUCCCCAACUGGAUGGCCCCGUGGAAGUAUGGUCUCGGACGCGGCCGUGGCCGAGGUCGGUCGUUUUUCUAUGCCCUCGCCGAAGAGGCGGCCAGAAAGAGCGACGGCAACAACACAUGUUAUUCAACCAAGAUUUUUCAGGAGGCGCCCAAGUAUAAUCUGAGCAUGGAAGAGAUCGCGUCCUUAGCAGGAAAUCUCUUUGGAGCCGGAAGCGACACGUCCAGCUCAACUCUCGUUACCUUUGUCCUGGCGUGCUGCGCGUUCCCGGAAGUGCUGCCCAAAGCGUGGGAGGAGCUGGAUCGUGUUGUUGGGCCCUAUCGCAGCCCGAAUCUGGACGAUGACUUACCUUACAUUCGUGCCUUUACCAAAGAAGUCUUCCGGUGGCGAUCGGUGGCCAUCAUUGGAGGCCAGCCGCAUGCACCCAUUCAGGACGACUACUACAAGAACUGGUAUAUCCCCAAGAACACGUGGGUUCAAGGAAAUGUCUGGGCCAUUCAUCGAAAUGAAAACGAAUUCCCGGAACCGGACCGGUUCUGCCCUGACCGCUUCUUCAAGGGGCAUCCGCUGCAUCGACCAUUUCCGAACGAGAAGGGUUACAUGACGUUCGGCUGGGGUCGACGUGUAUGUAGUGGCCAAGGUCUUGCCGAACAAGGCACUUACCUAUCCGUCGCGCGGAUCCUAUGGGGCUUCAACGUUCAAAAAGCUUUGGAUGAGAAUGGGAACGAGAUUCCAGUGGACAUCUUCAAGUAUACCAACGGCCUCAACUGGCGCCCGGAGCCCUUCCAAUGCCGAAUCACACCGAGAAGUCCCGAGAUCAAGGAGACGAUAGAACGUGAGGGUCGCCAGGCGCUGGAAGAAUUGGCGCAGUAUGAUGGUGACACCGAAUAUCGCAUGAGUACCUUUUAUCAGCAGAACGUCUUGGAGGGGCGUGCAUGACGGCUCGCUGGUUCGAUCGAAGGAUAUCAAGUGUGGUGGGAGGUGCAGCACGGUACUUGGGUGACAGUGGUGUAAUGAAGCUAUACCACAAGUUGAAGUAGAUCAUCCCAACUAUAUAGCCGAUACACAAAUCAGC